AUGGUCGGCCCUGCCCGCCCCCAGGGCUGCUCCUUCUCUCCUCAGGCUGCCUCGCAGCGCUGAGCUUGGGGGCAGUUGUUCCGUGGGCAGCUCUGAGCCGCGGGGAGCCGCGUUGUCCCUUGCUCGAGGCUCCCAUCAGCCCCAGGGCUACCACCAGCCGUCCGGCACCUGAGGGACAGGCUGCCGGCUCUCCAGGCGGAGACAUCCCGUCCGGGGAAAGCGAGCGGCCUUAGUCGUGUGUCGGGAACAGCUGCCGUCACCUCGCCCGGCGACUUGGCCAACUUGGCAGCCGUUCUUAUCGGUCACCGCUGUAUGGGUAAUGCGGCCCGCCCACGGCCGGAGCAGGAGAGGCAGCAGCAGCCGCCGGCCUCGGCUUCCGCGCUAACCGAGAAGCUGAGAAAUAACGGGGGAGUUGUCUCGGGUGGAGGAGCGUGUGGUGACGGCUGCACGGCCAGGCCACAUCCGAGCGAAAAACUCCAAACUGGUUCUGAGGCCCGCUGGGGCCUGACAGUGGCUGGGCAUCUUCUUUGGGCUGGGCACAGAAAAAUGUUAGUUACUAUUCCUGAUGCUAAGUUCAAAAUGAACGCGUCUCUCUGAAACUAGUGGUUCAACAUAAGGACUUGGAAAAUCAGAUUUAUCUUACUGCAUUUGAAAGCCAGGACAAAACAGUGUGAUUUAAGAAGGCCCCAGACAUACUCUGUGCUGCCCCACCCUGCGAUUAGCAAAAGGCUUUACAUCCGUGUGAACAGAAAAAGUCACAGGAGGAGAGGAGCCCUGCUUUCCUGGCUGCCUCUCUGUGCACCCGACCAGCUGCUUGCUCUGUGAGCAAUUCAUCUUGCCCCAGUGUGGAAAGGACUUAAUGAAAUCCUGCAAAAGCAUUAGCAAAGUGUUAUGGAUAAGAAACCUAAAGAAGAGCAGUUUAGAAAAAUCAUUACAUUUACACCUCCUCUGUACAAACAACGCUACGAGUUCAUCAAAGAUUUAGUGGGGAAAUACAAACCUAAGAAGGUGGCAGAUUUAGGAUGUGCUGACUGCACACUUCUCUGGAUGCUGAAAUUCUGCAGUUGCAUUGAAGUGUUAACUGGGCUAGAUAUCUGUGCAAGUGUAAUGAAAGAAAACAUGCAUAGGUUGUAUCCUCUUGCUGGUGACUAUUUGCAGCCAGCUGAAAGAUCUCUAACUAUCACCUUGCAUCAGGGUUCGGUUGCCCAUAAAGAUCCUUGUAUGCUUGGUUUUGACUUGGUAACGUGUAUCGAACUAAUAGAGCACCUGGAAGAAUCAGAACUAAAGGAGUUUCCUGAAGUAGUGUUUGGUUUCAUGGCUCCAAGCAUAGUUGUCAUCAGUACUCCAAAUUCUGAAUUUAAUCCUUUGCUUCCAGGAGUGAUGUUAUUCAGGCAUCCAGACCACAAAUUUGAAUGGAACCGAGAGCAAUUUCAAAGCUGGGCUCUAGAGACUGCUCGACACUAUGAUUACUCAGUGGAAUUUACUGGUGUAGGACAUCCACCAACAGGAAUGGAGAAUUUUGGGUUUUGUACCCAAAUAGGUGUGUUUGUUAGAAAAUAUCCUCAAACCAGUGGAUCCGCUCAGUCUGAGAACACUACUGGAACAGUUUACAAAACAGUCUUCAAAGCAGUGUAUCCAAGUCUUAAGGAUGAGAAGUACCUGCAGAUUGCAGUGGUCAAUGAAGUUAUUUUCACAGCAGAAACCAUGAAGCAAAGUCUACUGGGCCAUUUAAUGUCAGAACAUGAGGAGUAUAAUGAUGAUCCUGUUGAGAGAAGAUCCAAAUCCCAACCUUCAAUGAACUUUUUUUCAGACGGUAUUGGAAAACUGGUUGUUGAGAAAAGCAUGGAACCAUUUGUCAAUGGAAAUUUGGUUUAUAUACCUCUUAAAAGAAUCUUUUCUUUUCCCAGAGUGAAUCAACUUUGUGGUACCUUUGAUAGGUUAUGCAAGCUUAUUGCUGGCAAGGUCACACUGAGCAGUGAUGGUUCUGCUGUGGUGUUCAAUACUGAACAUGAAAACGAAGAGAAUUAGAUUACAGAAUUCUCAUACCAAGUUCAGUUGAAGUAAUGAAAGUAGUUUUUUAGUACCUGUCAUGUGGUGUGUUUUGUGUCCUAACUAGAACCACAAACCAUUUUCUAGACCAUCCAAUAUUUAUCCACCAGCACUUUUCUUAUUUAGUGAAGAUGAGUGCUUCUGGCAGAGAUUGUUGUAAUUAGUAGGGGUUUUGAAAUAGAGUAUCAGGAGCUAAAAGGAAAGAUUUAACUCCUGUGAAUAAAAUUUUGUAAGUAUUUGUUUUCUAUUACCAUACUGUAGUUAUCAUGACUAGAUUAUUUCCAGUAAACUUUUGUAAGCUCCAAGGACAGCUGAUAGUAACACAACUAUAUUGUGCCGAAUGUGUCAGACUUAGGUUUAGGGCAAGGUUUUUUUAAUAUGAUGAAGUUCAUAGUUGCCUUUUUUCAAGAUGAGCACAUACUCAGCCUCUGUGAAAACCAGAUACUGUUCCAGAUAAAUUAGAAUAUGCCACAAACAUUAAUAGCUCAGUAAAUUCAACAGGAGGGAACACAGCAAUGAUGUUGGAUGUAAGAUAAAGGGGGAGGGUAGAUUUAGCCCUAUUGUUUAACUGUUGCUUGGGAAGUAACUUACAUCCUGUAACUUUACAAAAGUUGAAUUUAAUAAAAAUUAAA